UGUGGCCGCUUUGUGUUGCUGGACGCUUGCGAGACGAGGUUCUUGAUCGAAUGCUUGGUGAUUGAGGGUUCACUCGAACUAGCAGAUGACGGAAGUUUGAUCAAGUGCACGUCUUAGAAGAGAAGUAUGUCACCCAUGUCUGAUUUCGUACAUGAUUCUGCCAUCGUGCUGCGUACGAUCCGAGACAGUCCCACUCCCACAUUAGAUACACCUCGAUUAUCACAUUCGAAUAUCCAUCUGAUAUUCCCGUGACAAUCUAUCUGUGUGAAACAUGGCCAUCACGCAAAGAGCGCCAGACUUGCAUCUCACGUGUAUAUGCUCGGGUCUGAAAGAAAGUUAAUCCAAUUCUGUUUAAUGUUCCGGUUCCCUUCCUACCGAUUGACGAUGGAAUCGGUCUGAUCUCGGUGCCCAACUCUUGCUCGAUCCUGAGGCCGUGCCAGCAGGGAAUCGCAGUUCCACAGGUCGCCAGAGCACAUAUUGAUCUCCACAGGGAUGUACCUGUAGAGAUUGAAGCGGUCUUCGAACGUGAUGAGGUUGAUCGCCAGGCCCAGGUGGCCAUAUCGCCCACUGCGCCCGAUUCUGUGAAGGUACGUCUCGCUGUUCUUGGGGAAGUCGAAAUUGAUGACCACGUUGACACUCUGAAUAUCAAUGCCUCGGGUGAACAAAUCUGCAGUGACGGCAUUAUGUGGACAGUUUCCAACUACAUCGCUUGUGUUGUUUUUCCCUUCACACCUGAUGACACGAGGCAACGGCAUGCACCGUUCCGAAAGUCAUGGAAGACCCGGUUUCGGUGGUUCUGCAUCAUCCUUGCGUGAAUGAAGAAGCAUGAGUAGCCGAGUUCGGUGAUCUUCCUGGCCAGCAGCUCCACCCUCGUGACACUAUUGCAGAAGAUUAUCGCUUGAUUGAUCUGAAGCUGGAAAGACGGGGAGACAAACGCCGACAGGGACGGCCGACGGGAUGCGAAGCUGAUGCCGAUCGUCUCAACUCACCUUGGAGAAGAGGGUAUUCAAGCAGUGGACCUUCUGCCUCUCCUCCACGAAGGCGUAGAAUUGCGUCACUCCCUGCAACGUCAGCUCCUCCAUUAAGUUGAUCUCGUGCGCAUCAGGCAGAUACUUGUCCUUGAACUGCUUGACUGUGACAGGGAAAGUGGCCGAGUACAGAAGGAUCUGUCGUUCGCUUGGGAGAAAGCGGAAGAGCUCUUCGAUCACAGGCUGGAAUUCUGGGGACAGCAGCUUGUCUGCUUCGUCCAUCACUAAGAUGUUGCAGUUGGACAGAUCGACCACGCCCUUGUUCGCCAGGUCCAGCACCCUCCCUGGGGUGGCAACCACCACGUGAGCUCCCUGGUAGAAGCGCAUGAUGUCCUCUCUCAGGCUUGUGCCGCCGGUGGACACCAUGCAGUCGACGUUCAUGUGCUUGCCAAGCUCCUUCACCACUGCCGACGUCUGUAGCGCCAGCUCACGGGUCGGGACCAGUAUAAGUCCUGAAGCAGAACAGAACUGGCGAUGUAUACCGUAUGUGUGAGAUAAGCGCAGUCAGUUGUUCUAAUACCUUGUAUUGCUUUUUUCAUGGUGGACGUCUUCUCCAGAAGAGGGAUGACGAAGGCGGCAGUCUUCCCAGUCCCGUUUUUCGCUCGUGCAAGAACGUUCUUGCCGGCGAGAGCAACUGGUAUGCUCUCCUCCUGGAUGGGACUUGGCUUCUCGUACCCCUGACAUUACCCGCCGUCUCAAGAGAUACCAUGUGAUCUCCCACCUUGUUUCCGCCCACCUUCUCAAAUAUUCCCAUAAGCAGCUCGCGCUUGCUGCACAUCAACACAUCCAACACGUCAAUGUGGUCGCAGGAACAUCCGGGGCUGUUUGGCGGUUACAGGAAGUAGUCUUCGAAGUCGUUGCCUUUGGUGCCAGUAACGUCCUUAGUUUUGACGCGGUUGUCCUUCUGGGGCGGCUUGAGAGUCUCCUUCCAGUUGUCGUCGUUUGCAACCGCAGCGGCUGGGUUGGAGGCACUGCCAGACAUGUUGUAGUUCGACGACGGCAUGCCCUGGUAUCCCCCCGCGCUGUGCUGCAUGCCCAUCGAUGCACCGCCAUAGUUGCUACGCCCAGGUUGCACCCCAGGGCCACCGUACGCGUUGUAGCCGCCUGUCAAGAACGGGAAGAAACGUUCCACCCAGCAGGAAGACAACCCGAAGGCGGCACGUCUGUGGCAUCUUCGCUCUGUCCCUUUCUCACCUUGGUGGGUCGAGCGUGGCCUGCCGUAGUGCAUCUUUCACUUCAGAGAUCCUCGACAAACUGAGCAGAUCUCGAAUGGGGACGUUGCGAGUGUAUGGAGAACCUGAUGUUCCCGCUUUUCCUAUCGACGCGCAACGACGACUGUAUGGAUCCGGGUCGACGAAAGGUUACGAGGGGAGAGGGUCCCCAAUUUCGCUUAAGCGGCUUUCCGAUAUGAGGAAAUCCAAGGAGGAAACGCCCGGUCUCAAUCCCGCCCUCCCACCUCACCCGAUCCCGUGAAGAUCUGGCGACAGCGUAUGGUGAAGGUGGGAUGCAAUCACCGUAUCGGCGGCAUGCAAUCUGACAGCGUAUUUGUGAAACGGCUGCUACGUGAUUC